GGAAGUUGGGUGUCUGCCUGACUCGGUCUACCCUUCCCCCAUAGACUUAUGUCCGGAGUACAUUCGACGCUCACGUCUUUGGAUCGAGUCAGAUCCCUCUCCCUAUAAGCCCUCCAUGGCUAUUCGGGACGAUUACUGGGGGAAUGUGCUCACCAUCGUCCCCGUCGUUGGGGCCGCGGUCGCAACAUUAGUUUAUGUCCUGCGACUCGUCGCAUGUCGCAUGUCCACGUUCGGAUGGCGACUAGAAGAACUGCUGAUGGGUAUCGGGUUGUUCUUGUCGUAUGGAGCGACAGCUUUUGUCAUCUACACUGCAUUCAAUGGCGUGGGAGUUCCUGGCGACCAGCUACCACAGGAUGAACGAAUUCGCCUACAAUUCGGGUCCUGGAUGAUCCAGAAGUUUUGGCCGCCGUCCAUGGCUUUCGUCAAGCUUUCCAUCCUGGUAUUCUUGAAGCGACUAUUAGGAACCCUCAAGUCCAUCCGGGUUGGCGUGAAGUGUCUCAUGGUCUUCACCGUCUGCUGGGCAUUAACAGAACUAUUUGGGAAUAUAUUUCAAUGCUGGCCGGUCCAGUACUACUACGACUCCCGAAUGAACGGACACUGCAUGGCCGGGCAAUCGAAGCUGUUUCAAACGUCCGCCGCCUUGUCUUUGGUAGAAGACAUGGUUAUUUUGCUCUUGCCCAUGCCUGUCGUCUGGGGACUGCAAAUCACCAUCCAGCAAAAGCUGACUCUGACGGUUGUUUUCUCGCUGGGUGCAUUGGUUUGCAUUUUCAGUCUACUACGAGUCAUCGAAUUUAAUAACUUCCACACCAACGAUCUUGCCGCAUCCAGCGCCAAAGAGUCCAUCUGGACCACGCUCGAACUCGACGUCGCCAUUAUCUGUGGCUGCCUUCCUCUAUUCAAGCCCCUUCUGCACGGCUUCCUCGGAAAGGUCAAGGGCCAAUCGACUCGAACCUCCCGCACGCCUCGUUACAUGCAUAGUGCUAGCCAGACACCGGACGGCUUCCAUAAGAUCAGCGAUCCUCAUAACUUGAGGGCGAAUAAGAACGUGACUGUUACUACGGAGCCGACUGGGAGAUGCAGCUCGGAUGUUGAACUGCGUGGGAUCACGGUCCACACUGCGAUCGAACAGGACGUGGAGAGUCGAUCGCUUAGUGCUAGCUCUGGUGCAGUGGGGAGAUCGUGGCCGCGCUGAUAUCGG